GUCGCCUGGUAACUCGCGCCACACGAAGCGCGCUAGGUUGGCUCUUCUGCGCGCCUGCGCCUUGGCGAGCUCUGCGCAGGCGCAUUUCCAACGCUUGGAGGAGAGGGCGGGGUGUAGUUCCCUUUCGCUGAUGCAAGAGCCUAGUGCGGUGGUGGGAGAGGUAUCGGCAGGGGCAGCGCUACCGCCGGGGCCUGGGGCUGACCCGUCUGACAUCCCGUCCGUGGCGAGCCCACUCGAGCCGCAGCCAUGUCUGGCGACGAGAUGAUUUUUGAUCCUACUAUGAGCAAGAAGAAAAAGAAGAAGAAGAAGCCUUUUAUGUUAGAUGAGGAAGGGGAUACCCAAACAGAGGAAACCCAGCCUUCAGAAACAAAAGAAGUGGAGCCAGAGCCAACUGAGGACAAAGAUUUGGAAGCUGAUGAAGAGGACACUAGGAAAAAAGAUGCUUCUGAUGAUCUAGAUGACUUGAACUUCUUUAAUCAAAAGAAAAAGAAGAAAAAAACUAAAAAGAUAUUUGAUAUUGAUGAAGCUGAAGAAGGUGUAAAGGAUCUUAAGAUUGAAAGUGAUGUUCAAGAACCAACUGAACCAGAGGAUGACCUUGACAUUAUGCUUGGCAAUAAAAAGAAGAAAAAGAAGAAUGUUAAGUUCCCAGAUGAGGAUGAAAUACUAGAGAAAGAUGAAGCUCUAGAAGAUGAAGACAACAAAAAAGAUGAUGGUAUCUCAUUCAGUAAUCAGACAGGCCCUGCUUGGGCAGGCUCAGAAAGAGACUACACAUAUGAGGAGCUGCUGAAUCGAGUGUUCAACAUCAUGAGGGAAAAGAAUCCAGAUAUGGUUGCUGGGGAGAAAAGGAAAUUUGUCAUGAAACCUCCACAGGUCGUCCGAGUAGGAACCAAGAAAACUUCUUUUGUCAACUUUACAGAUAUCUGUAAACUAUUACAUCGUCAGCCCAAACAUCUCCUUGCAUUUUUGUUGGCUGAAUUGGGUACAAGUGGUUCUAUAGAUGGUAAUAACCAACUUGUAAUCAAAGGAAGAUUCCAACAGAAACAGAUAGAAAAUGUCUUGAGAAGAUAUAUCAAGGAAUAUGUCACUUGUCACACAUGCCGAUCACCGGACACAAUCCUGCAGAAGGACACGCGACUCUAUUUCCUACAGUGCGAAACUUGUCAUUCUAGAUGUUCUGUUGCCAGUAUCAAAACCGGCUUCCAGGCUGUCACGGGCAAGCGAGCACAGCUCCGUGCCAAAGCUAACUAAUUUGCUAAUCACUGAUUUUGCAAAGCUUGUUGUGGAGAUGUGGCUGGACAGGUUUGCCAUCAGAGUGGAUAUACCGUUGUAUUAAAAACAAGAAAAAAGCUGCCAAGAUUUGGCGAGUGGUUGGUUGGUCUGAAGUCCUUGCAAGACGCUGAUGCUCAAGCUGUUGACAUACUCAUUGCCUACUUUAACACCUGUCAGAGAAACAUGAUAUGGGGUAAGGAGGUGCUUUUUUAAAAUCGUUCAUAGACUUCUGUAAAAUGCAAGAUAAAUUAAAGUUAUUAUAACAGUGAUUCUUUCAA